CGCAGCCGCGCCAGCGCACCAGGUUCUCCUCUUCCUUCUUCUUCCUCCCAUUUCUUUCUGUUUUUUCUUCCAACCUCGCUCCUUCUCCUCCUUCUUUCCUCCUUCUUCUUCCUCGGCGCCUGCCUGCCUGCACAUGGUGAGAGAUUUUUUUAAAAAAAAAGAAAAAAAAAAAAAAAGAAAAGCAGAACCGCUGAUUCAAACCGAAAACGCCGGUUUACGGUUUGAACCGUAACAGGCGAACCGACGGUUCGAAACCGAAGGAGCAAGUCUAGUCUGCACUACCAAAAUCCAACCCAUUCCCUCACAUAAUCUAAGGUAAGGUAUGGUUAAUGCUCGCGAGUACUGGGACCGGGACCGGACUUCCAACCCUAGGCCCAAUCCGGCAACAUCGCCAUCGCCGCCUCAGAUGGACGCCGGAGACGUUGCGGACGAUUCCGGGCUAUACAAUACCUCCACUGCUUUUCUUACUGCCCCAGUUGCCAAUCUGAAGAGGCGUCGGGAGGAAGACGUCGACGCCGACGCGGCUGCGGAGGCCACCGCUUCAACUGAUGUGCCGGAGGCGAAGCGACGCGUGAAGGCCACUUACGAUGUGAUAUACAGGAUUGUAGUGCCGUCAAAGCAGAUCGGAAAGGUCAUUGGUAGAGCGGGGCAUCGGAUUAAGAGGAUUCGGGAGGAUACAAAGGCCACCAUCAAGAUUGCUGAUGCAAUCUCUCGGAAUGAAGAGCGAGUAAUCAUUAUAAGCUCUAAAGAUUGUAAUGGCAGUUUUUCUGAUGCAGAAAAUGCCCUUCAUCAAAUUGUCAGCCUGAUCCUUCAGGACGAUGAUGGUAGUGUGGAGGCAGCAAAAGUUGGUCCAGGGCAUGUGGCAGCUAAUACCGUAAGACUACUGAUUGCUGGUUCUCAAGCAGGUGGCUUGAUUGGAGUAUCAGGUCAAAAUAUUGAGAACUUGAGGAACACUUCUGGAGCAACUGUCGCUGUUCUUUCUCCAAAUCAGUUGCCACCAUGUGCUUCUGCUCAUGAAUCCGAUCGAGUUGUUCAGAUAUCAGGGGAUGUUCCUGCUGUGUUGAGGGCUGUGGUAGAAAUUGGCUGCCAACUUAGAGAGAAUCCACCCAAGCAAGUGAUAUCAAUCAGCCCAUCUUAUAGUGCUGGAUAUCAUCGACAAUCACAACAAUUGUGUGUUGAUCCUGCUUCAGCUGAUUAUGCAACACUGGAGCUCUUGGUUCCUGAAAAUCUGGUGGGUGGAUUGAUAGGAAGGUUUGGUGCCAACAUCUCAAGAAUUAGAAACGAGUCUGGAGCUAAUAUCAAGGUUUACGGAAGCCGAGGUGAACAAACCCAAAGGCAAAUUCAUCUAGGUGGUAGUGCUCAACAGGUGGCUCUUGCCAAACAACGUGUCGAUGAAUAUGUGUACGCCGAGCUGAUGAGACAAGCAGGCGGCGCUCAACUACCUCAAACUGCCGCUGCUACGCAUCAGUCAUUAUCCGACUUGUCAAAUGCUCUGUACCCUGGCUAUGGAUAUGCUCACGGGUUUUACACACACAGUGGCCAGGAUGGUGGAAUGAUGGCUUCCCUUCCCCAGAUGUAUGCAUCAACGCCUUCCAACCAACCUCCUUACUAUGCUCACCAAUCUUAUUCUUCCCGCCCAUUAUAGGCAUGAUGAUGGAGCUAGAGCAGUGAUGAUUACAGACCAGUCACAGCAGAAGUUGAUGAUGGUAAUAUAUAUAUUAUAUAUAUAUAUGUGUGUAAAUCUAUCUUUGACAGUAGCAGUCAGUAUAGUAUAGUAUGUGUAUGUGACCUUUUAUUAUUCUUGAUUGUUCAACUGGUUUUUUGUUUUUUUAAAUAAAAUCGAAUUUUUUUUACCUUAA